AUGUCUCAAUGCAGGAGAGUAAGACAAGCUGAACGGUAUAAUUGGGCUGCAACAAGGGGGGUAAAUGAAGAAAUGGUUAUGGAGAAUCUGCCAGAAGAUCUGCAGAGAGACAUUAGACGCCAUCUCUUCAGAUUUGUUAAGGAAAUUCGAAUUUUUUCCUUGAUGGAUGUGCCAAUCUUAGACGCUGUAUGUGAGAGACUGAGACAAAAAACAUACAUUAAAGGAAGUAAAAUUUUGAGUCAGGGCAGUUUGAUAGAGAAGAUGGUAUUUGUGGUGCGUGGGAAAUUGGAGAGCAUUGGAGAGGAUGGAACUAGAAUGCCAUUAUCUGAAGGGGACGCUUGUGGUGAAGAACUUAAGACAUGGUAUCUUGAACAUUCUUCUGUAAGCUCAGGUAUAACAAUACUUGAUUCAAUGACAGGAUGCUUGUUUCUAAAUAUUUUUAAAAUUGCAAUAGUCAGCAACUUGGCCACUGCAAAAUAA